AUUACAAAAUUAAUUGGCGAUGUCGCCUAUGACGUCAUUUAACUAUCAUAACACCGAAAAAGCCAAACAGCUGUGAGAGUGUUGUGCCACUGAAUACGCUUUCAGCACAAUGAAAGGCGACUUCAAGAUUGUGACCUCAUUCAUGAAAAUCCAGCUUUAAGCCUGUUCAAUGAAUCAAAAAUUCUUUGUCAGCAAUGACACAUGACCUGUGUAAGAGAUCAAAUGAUGAUCUUGACAAAUGAUGCCACCAGCACUUGUGGAUCAUGUUGUUCAGUGAUAUUGGACUCAACAACUUCCUUGUGUCCUCACGACUCCACCCAUUCUACUGGCUCCACUGGCCAUACAAGUGCAGGAACAUGAUGUAUCACAUCUUCAAUCCAAUAUCACAGACAAUAACGAUUUUCCAUCAGCCGAAAAGUCCACCAUCUCUACAACAAUGUAGUCGUCAAGCGGUGCUGGCUGCCAUCACACUCAAAGGCUUGGAUCAGGCAAUGAAUCUUCCUCUGCCCAGCAUCCUUGUGGAGUCGGUGAGUAACAUUCAUCUGGACGACUUCCUCAUCAAACUGGAGGACCUGUGUCGGGAGAACUACAUCACACGCACGUACCCCGCCACCUGCCUCUUCAACAAACACAAAGUCUUCAUCAAAGUCAUCCUGCCAGGCAAGAGUGGGGUGCAACUGGACACAAGCCACCCGAGUUACCUGACUGUGUUUGGCGAGCAGGGAUACCUGUGUUGUGUGUACAACAGCACCGACUCGCUGCAGGACAAGAUCGCUCGGUGCAUCAAAGACGGGGAGUCCUUCGAAGACACCUUUGUGUGGCGCGUCAUCCACGCAGUGUGCAGCCAGCUCGUACUGACCAACCCGCGGCCAGACACCAAGAUCAAACCCAGCGUGAUAAUCUUCCUCGCCCAUAACAAGAUCUUCCUCGAUGUCAAGGAAACGGAACCUGACGAGGAGGACAUCACGUUUUUCAACAUGGGUUUACCCGAGCCGAUAUACGACGCCCCGGAGGUCAUCACACACAAUAACCCUGACAGUACGGCUUUUGUCUGGUCGCUGGGCUGUAUCCUGUACGAGCUUCUUUGUCUCGAACCAGCGUUCUUCGACAUAGAGGGAAUCAAUCCAUUCCAGAUGUACAUGGAUAUCGUGCAAGGAGAACUCCCGUCCUUCCAGAAUCUACAGGGCAGCACAGAACUAAAGGAUUUGACCUCAAGUUGCAUGAGAACGGAGCCGGGACUACGACCCACUCUUGAAUACCUGGUAACACUUUCCAAGAGUCACAUACCAGGCUCGGACUGAUUCUGUCAUUUCCAUUUAUAACAAAUAAUAUUGUUGGGUUUUUAACUUAAUAUUCGACAUAUCUUGUAUAUAAAUAUUGUUUGUUAGAAUAAUUGUUAAAGUCUUUUUUUUUCUCUUUUUUUUUAAUACAGACAAUAUUCCUUAAUUUGCAUAUAUAUAUAUAAUAUAUAUAUAUAUUUUUAAUAUAUUAUACAGUUUAUGUACAUCUGAAUUGCUUCCCCUUUUGUUCAUAGUUGCUGUUUCUGAUGUUCGAUAUGUAAGUGUGAUUUGAAAUACUUUUUACUCGGCACUACCUGUUAUAUGUAAAUACAUUCUGAUUUGUUUUAAGUAUUAGUUAUAAUCACAUUUUAAUCAAAAAGUUAUUUGUUUCUGUUGUUUUUGUUUUAUUAUAUUUAAAAAACUGUGACACGUACAUAGAUGAAGUUGUUAAUCAUGUUUCAUACUAUUUUCCCCACACCUUGUUUUGUUUUGAAAACCCAGCAGCUGACAGGUGAUGCUACAGCAGGCAAAAUGUAGAAAACAUAAGGUGUUUUCUCUUUCAUGAAUACUCCACCUGUCCUCAAACAAAAUGUAGAAAACGUAAGGUGUUUUCUCUUUCAUGAAUACUCCACCUGUCCUCAAACAAAAUGUAGAAAACGUAAGGUGUUUUCUCUUUCAUGAAUACUCCACCUGUCCUCAAACAAAAUGUAGAAAACGUAAGGUGUUUUCUCUUUCAUGAAUACUCCACCUGUCCUCAAACAAAAUGCAUAGUCCCCUAAGUAGUCUGGUUUGAAAAUUCCAACAGCCAAUGGGAUAGCCUAAAAUUCUUCUACUGCAUACCCCUUCCUGUUCCGGUCAUGUUAUUGUAACUUCCUUCCUUUUCCUUCACUGUUGUGAAAUAUUCAAUCAGUCAUAGAAUUCAGAGAGAAAAACCUGUUUGGACUUAGACAUCCAAUAGCUGAUGAUUUUGAUGGUUUUAAGUUGAAUUCACCUAAUCUUUAACUGCACACUAUUUAAUAAAUGAAAGAUAAGAUCAAUAUAUGUAACUGCAGCUAUCUAUAACAGCCCUUGAAAUUUGCGAUAGCAAUCGGCAGUGCCGUUACAAAAGGCUGUCGCAAGAUAACCGCAUAGAACUCAGUGAACCUAUUGCUUGAUCUUACUGGCCAGUAUUAGUGAGUAUGCCAGUGGGGAAAAUAGUAUGAAAUAAAAUGUGACAAUUUAUUGAUUUUUGUUCAUGUUAUUUGAAUCAUGUUACUAUUUAUGUAACAAACUGUAGAACAUUCAUUUUGAAAAAUCUUUUGUUUUUGUUUAUGUGUCAUUGGCAUUAAGCCAACUACUGUAUAUAUGUUUUAAAAAUCUAUUUGUUAUUUCAUCUCAGUAAACAAGUGCAAUACAUGCUUGUUCAAAA